GUCCAAUUUGCUGAAGCAGCUCCGAUGAGAACAGUAUUAACUUCCCUUGGCAGAUGCCUCAUACCAUGAAGAGGAUGUCGCGUCCACUCACGUCCUCCAGUAACCAUCACGCGAAGGAACGGGUGGUCUGGGCGUGUUACGAUCGUCAUCCAAAACGGGACGCCACGGAGCCUGCAUGCAUAAAAAGAAAGCAAUAGCGGUGCGCUCAGCUCGCAGGCUGUGGUCCUCUGCGGUCUCCACCUGUCACCGCGACUUUGACUUAAAGUUAUAAGCUCGCUCCGCUUUCUUCUCCCUGAAGGAAUCCUCAGCCCAAGCAGCUUCUGGUUCAACCACAAUGCCGGGGCCAACCCAUCAUAGCCCGCUUCACGACCAUCGGCCUCCCACCGGAUCAGGGCAGCCACGUAGGCUUGUCCUCUGCUUCGAUGGAACCGGGAACCAGUACAUGGGAACGGAGGAGGAUACAAACAUAGUCAAGAUCUAUGAGGCACUCGAGAGACAUAAGCCCGGGCAAUACGCCUACUAUCAACCUGGAAUUGGAACUUUGACUUAUGUUACUGGCUCAUCAAAGUCCUCCGGCGGCAUCAGCCUCUGGACCAAAUUCAAAGCGCGAGUGAGCUCCCUCUUGGACAAGGGAGUCGGUACAUCUUUCUCAAAGCAUCUUGUCGCGGGCUACAAAUUUAUCAUGCGAUACUAUUCCACGGGCGACCACAUCUAUAUCUUCGGCUUUUCACGGGGCGCAUACACGGCACGGUUCCUCGCCGAAAUGAUCCACAACAUCGGCCUUCUUUCUCGCGGAAACGAGGAAAUGGUUCCCUUUGCCUGGUCCACGUUCAGCCGCUAUCAGAAUUCACGAGGAAAUGUUCCUCAAUCAGAAGACGAUCGCGAGCUAGAGCGGUACAUGCAGAAGUUCAAGACAACUUUCUGUCGACCUGACGUUGGCGUUCAUUUCCUCGGCCUCUUCGAUUGCGUCAACAGCGUUGGCCAGUUUGAGAUUCCCUUCUUCCGCAAAUCGUACCGGUACAUUGCCAGCCCUGCAGCAAGGCACAUCCGCCACGCUGUGUCAAUACACGAACGCCGACUGAAAUUCAAGCCUGCGUUAUUUCACAUUGCCGAGAAGGACAAAGAUUCUGUGGACCUCAAGGAAGUCUGGUUCGCUGGAAAUCACAGCGAUAUCGGUGGUGGAUACCCCCUACAACGGAAGCAAAAGCACCUGUUGUCGGAUAUCACACUGCACUGGAUGAUCCAGGAAGUGCUGAACUUAGAGGAGUCGGAGAGCAAGCUCGAUUUUAUGACAACAAACGUGGACCAUAUGACCAGAGCGGCGGGGAAAUCCCUUUGCCGCGACGACCAGCCAGGAACAGAAGGGUACCAUAUCCAGCAGCAGGUGAAUAGACCACAUGAUACGCUACGAUUUGGUCACGGUGCGGGCAGCUUCUCCGUUAUGCUAUGGUGGAUUCUAGAGGUCCUUCCGAUCGCUACUCGUCUAGAGCUCGAGAAAGGGAAAUGGAUCCCGCGUCGCUUCCCACCCAACUUCGGGGCUUCUCGAGAUAUUCCCUGUGGAGCGACGAUCCAUCCUAGCGUCUGCGAGAUGCUGGAAUCAGGCCUCUUGAACGGCUUCCCGAUCCCCAAGCCAGGAGGUGAUAACCCAAACCUGCCGCCUGUUCUUCUCGAUGAUGAACGACGGCAUAUUCAACAGGGGACUCCCAAUGGAUUCAAAGAUUGAUCUGGUACAUGUUGGGAAAUGUCCGUGAAUCGUGCUGGAUCACUUUAAUGUAUAACAUUGGACAUAACUAA